AUGCUAUCUUUAUCACAGACUAUUACUGGAAAGGAAAUAGAGAUUGACAUAGAGCCAACAGAUAAGGUGGAGCGAAUUAAAGAAAGAGUGGAGGAGAAAGAGGGGAUCCCUCCUCAGCAACAGAGGUUGAUCUACAGUGGAAAACAGAUUAAUGAUGAAAAGACAGCAGCUGAUCUUAAGAUCCAGGGAGGCUGCGUUCUGCAUCUGGUUCUUGCUCUGAGAGGAGGAGACGUGCUUUUCUGAAUCGAUGCCUUCAUAAAGCAGAGAAGACAUGCAGUCACCUGCUGCAGAAUCGUCUGGUGACAU